GUCUGCUUUCAAGAUGGCGGCGACGCGCACCUCCUCCCGGCAAGUGUUCGAGCUCUUCGUGUCCCGGAUCCACUGGACUCUGGCCACCAAGGAACUCAGAGACUAUUUUGCUCAGUUUGGGACUGUAAGAAGAUGCAUGUUGCCAUUUGAUAAAGAAACAGGAUUUCACAAAGGCUAUUGCUGGGUUGGAUUCUCUUCAGAAGAAGGCCUUCGCAAUGCAUUACAGAAGGAAUCUCACAUCCUCGAUGGCAUCAAGCUCCAGGUUCGACAGCAGAAACCCAGAAGUUUUCAAAGCCAGUACACAAAUAAAGGAGAAACUGACAUGAGUUAGCAGCAGGAGACUUUAUUUCACCAACAUGUAAAGAAAGUCUAAAAUAAAGAUUACUGAGGGGAAAAAAAAAA